AGCCGUUCGUCCAAGGCCGGUCUCGCGUUCCCCGUCGGACGUGUCCACCGUCUGUUGAGAAAGGGCAACUACGCUCAGCGUGUCGGUGCCGGUGCGCCCGUCUACCUCGCCGCCGUCCUCGAGUACCUCGCCGCCGAGAUCCUCGAGUUGGCUGGUAACGCCGCCCGUGACAACAAGAAGACCCGUAUCAUUCCCCGUCACUUGCAGCUCGCCAUCCGCAACGAUGAGGAACUGAACAAGCUUCUCGGUCACGUCACCAUCGCCCAGGGCGGUGUCCUGCCCAACAUUCACCAGAACCUUCUGCCCAAGAAGUCUGGCAAGGCCGGAAAGGCCGGUGCUUCCCAAGAGUUGUAA